CACCUACCUGCCUACCGUGAACCAUCCGAACCCAUGUCUCGUCGGUCGCAAGUCCCGCAAACGCCGGCAUCGUCACUCAGAGACCCUACUACACUUCAUCCAAAUGCGCCCCACCACAGCUGGUUCACGAGCCCAGCGCGCUCGCACGCCAACUAUGGCCAGGGCAAGGAGCUCCCACUGCACCUGAUACAGCUGAUCUUGGAACAUCUCGAUGAUGCCGGAGACCUCGCUCGCGUUACGCGCACGUCGCGCCUUUUUUAUUAUAUGACCCUCCCACGCCUAUACGAGGAAGUCACCCUGCGCUCCUACAGUGAGAUCCGUUAUGUGGACGACCGACCGAUGGGUUUUGGCGGAGGCAGCCCUUUCGCCAUGGGCCUCAACUCGCUCGUCUCGCGAACCUACGCGAACUACGUACAAACCUUCCGCGUCAUAGGCGAAUGGAAGGAGCACGACGUCGAAGACUAUUCAAAAGGAAGGGUCCCGGACAAUAGCAUGAUGCUGCAGAUUGCCCUGCGCGCCGCUCUCGACAAGAUGCAACAUCUCACAACUUUUGCCUGGGAGCUCAAUACGAAGCCGCUACAUUCCGUCUAUGAAGGGCUUAUGCACAAAUCCUCCUUGACCACCUUUAUCCUGCGAUGUCCCUCCCGACGCAUACCUCGCCCCACCUCCGUCGUGCCGCCGCUUCCCAAUUUAAGAACACUUAUCGUCUACGACAUCGAUCCGCUAUGCUACCCAGACAAUAUAUCGGUGCUGCUAUGCGCCGCUCAGAAAUUGGAGAAUCUGAAGCUGCAUUGGAACCCUCGUAUACGCGAGACUGGCGAAGCUUCCGUCAGCUUGCAUGCUAUAUUCGGUCGGAUCAUGAGUGCUAGAAAUCCAAUACCCUUGAAACGCUUUGCUCUGUACAACUUGUACGCGGGCAAUGACGCCGAAGGCUUCGACAAAGUGACGAACCCGGAUACGCUUGAAGAGAUAACCUUAAUUAACACCUUCGGAAACAAAGAUCCCAUGACAGUCUUCCUCGACGACACAUGGAGGAUCAACCACAUCCCGAGUAUACCGCAGAACUUAACCAUGAUGCGAGUAGAUGCACCAGACAAAGAGCAUGUACGCAUGCUCUACCUCAUGCGAGGCCUGGAACGCCUCUACAUCGUCAGUGAUACGGUCAGCUCGGUACCAACUGGCGCAGCACCCACUCCGACUUCUCCUUCCAAUCCCAUAACUCCCACAGUCGCGAUGGCGACGAAUGGCGCUGCUAACAGUGGUAUACUGUCCGCAAACCCGAGUGCAACCAACUCACCCAAAAUCACCGAACAUCAAUGCCGCUCCAUCGCUAGCGACUAUCUCGCCGUAAUCCAAUCGAACCACACAACCAUGCGACACCUUCUCCUUUCAGACCGCUGGUCGCUCUCGGCCUCUGCCAUUCAACGCAUAUGUCAAGCUUGUCCAAAUCUCGAGCAACUCGGCAUCGCUUGCGAUCCCAACCCACACGAAACGCUACGUCUCGUAAUCAAAUGCUGUCCAAAGCUCUUCGCUCUACGCCUCUUGUUCCGCCGUGACAGUGAUAGCAUGGAGAACAGCAUUGAUGAUGUCGAUGAUGAUGUUCAAAAGUUCAUGCUAUCGUCCGAGCUGUGGCGCCCAGAGUAUAAAAACCUGAAAUAUCUGGGAGUUGCACAUUAUGUGUGGAAGAUCGGCAGCGCCAUUAUGCCUAGAAAGACGGUACAAGCUCCCAACGGUGAGAUGCAGAAAGUGGGACCAUUUAGAAGCAUCGAGCUUGCUGAUAGAAAGGCGGUGGAGGGUGUUGAAAUCUGGAGUAUGGACUCCACUGCCUUUGUGGCCAAAUUUUAG